AUGUCGGCAGGGUCUGAUGCAUCAGUCUGGAGAACAGUAGCUAAUAGUGCAUUCAGUCCCCCACCUAUUGUAUCAUCACUUUCAUCACCCAACUUUUCAACAUCCUCAUCAUCUGCUUCAACCCCAUCAUCACCCACUGUAUCAUCACCAAGACAUGAUGGUGGUGAAGAUUUCUUAGGUCAAGGAAAGAAGAUAAAAGAUAUUAUCGUUAUCAAUCGUACUAAUCAUCAUCAUCAUCAUCAUCAUCAUUAUUAUUGCUAUACUAUACUUAGUGCAGUACCAACGAAAACAGUUAUUAUCAAUAUAUUAAACAAGUUUUUAAAAGGAAGACCUGUGAAAGAAGAUCUUGUACAAUCAAGAGUUUUAAAGUCAGAGUUUCGUCCGAUUGGACUUCGAUACUCUGUCAUUGAACUAUUAUGUAAUCACUUGGAAAAGAAUGCAUUAGAGAUUGAAGGUAUCUUUCGUAUCUCUGGUUCUGCCAAUCAAAUUAGAAUAUUUUGGUCUACUUUUGGAUCAGAUAAUAUUGAAUUCCCACCUGCACCUAUAAACGAACAUAAUAUAUCGGGAGCACUUAAAUUGUAUAUUAGAGAACAAGUAGAACCACUUAUACCAUUUGAUGUUUGGUCUGGUUUUGUUUCAAAUUUAACAUCUAAAAAUUUAGAAAUUGAUUGUAAUGCAUUGAUACAAUUAUGUAGUAGAAUGACAUCUGAGAAUCAAAGAAUAUUAAAGAGAGUGGUUCGUUUGAUGGUUAUUUUGGUUAGACAUUCAUCACUCAACAAAAUGAAUCCAUUCAAUAUGGGUAUUGUAUUUGGUCCAUCUUUAUUUAAAUCAAAGUCUGAUUCACCAAAUAUAUUUAAUGAAGCAAAAUAUUCAAAUGAGGUGGUUACAAUGAUCAUUCAAAAUUAUAAUAGAGUAUUUCCAGAUUUGGAGGUACCCAUUUUAGGAACUGAAACAAAUACAGAGAAUGAGUCCCCCGAUGACAGUAGUAGUCAUAUCCAACCAAUUCCAACUUCAAGUAUUAAAGCAGUUGUAUCGGCGGUAAACGCACAGACACCUGCCCAAAACAGGAGUCAUUCACCUUUGACAUUGACACCAAUUGGUUCGACUACACCAAAUAGCUCAGCUUCAAAUUUGUUAAAGGAGGCUGCAACAAGACGUGCUAGUAUUAGUUCGAAUAGUGGUGGUGUUAGACGUGGUAGUAGUGGAAGUACAGGUGGUGGAAGUGGAAGUAAUUUAGAUCUAUCAUCAACAUCAUCACCAGACAUUCAUCCACAACUACUGGAUGCACAACAUAUGGUAGAUGAAACUAAAUCAUCACCAUUGGCUCACAUGAAACCAACUGAUUUCAGUAUGGUACAACACCUUCGAAAGAAAUUAUCCAAAACCAAACAAUUUAAAAACGAAGAGAUAUGGGACCACUUUUUAUCGAUCCGAGUACAAGGUAACUUGGUGCAAGCACAGAAACAAUUCUCAACGAUGAUGAGUAGCAAUUCAAGUGGACUAUUGUCAUCGACAAUGAUUGUAGACAAGAAAAAGAAAAAGGAAAAGAGCUCAGACCAAGCACUCAACAAUGCAGCUGCCAAUUCUGCAGCCAUCAACUUUACACCCAUCUAUAUAUUGGUAACGUCGCGAAACAUCUUUUUCUUUGACACACAAAACUAUGCAAUCGAAUCGAUUAUUCCACACGAACGAUUAAAAGAAUUUGCUUUUGAUUCUGUCAAUCCAGGUCUCUUUUCAUUCCUCGAUUCUGCAACACAUAGAAUCUCUUAUUUUUUGAUUCCAAGAUCAAAAAUAUUAGAUUCUCUAACAAAAUCUUUAGAAAGAGGUAGAGCUAUUGCUAAAUUAUCUAAUAAAACAUUGGCACAUUUACAAGCAAGAAAAUUUGCAAUGUUGGAGAGUUCAUCAACUCAAGGAUUUGGUAAAUUGGCAGAAUCAAGACCUGUAUUUGAAUCAUUGGCAGCAAGUGGAUUUAGUGAACUUGAUGUUUGGGAAGGAACAGUCGAUCUUUUAGAAGUGGUUAAAAAGUUUUCAAAGAUAUUGGUACCCGUCGAUCCAAAGGCAGUUGUAGAAUUCCUUUUACCAGGUAUACCAGAGUUCAAUGGCAUCUAUCGUAAAUCAUAUAAAUUGGAUAUCAACACAUCGGUAUUUAAGAUUAUUUGUUUGAUUUGUGAAAAGGCCAAAUUGGCUCCAUCCAAAUUUGUUCUACGUACACUCAAAGGCAGAACACUCUUUGACAAUGGAUCACUUGCUCAGUAUGGUCUCGGCACACUCUUUACCACCUGGCAACUACGUCUUAUCUCCCUCGAUUCACCAGAAAGUACUGGUAACUUUGUCGUUGAAUUCCAAUUACCAGAUUCACCAGAAUUCAAAAAUAUGCAAAAGAAAUCAAUUAAAGUUGAUGCUUAUCAACCACUUAAAAGAAUUAUGAAAGGAUUAUGUGAUAAAUUAAGAGUACCAAAAUAUCAUUAUUAUGAUUUGAUUGGACCUGAAGGACAAGUAUUGAGCGGUGAUGAUAUUCUUUCUAGUAUAGGAUUGGGUAUCAAGUUUAAAACGUGCAAGAUGAAGCUUCAAAAGAAGGUAUUCCCAGUUGGAAAGGGACCAUCCUACGACACACCCAUCUGUCGUGCCAUUGUAGAGGAUAUUACCGACGCGGUUUGGGCAAAAUUGCAGGACCGUCACCGCGAGCGUAUCCGUAUCUACUGCAAGCAUUUGCUCGACUAUAUCGUCGAUCAGACAUUUGUCGAGAUUUCCAAGGCCGAGACUGUCCCCAAGCGUGUCUCUAUGCUCGGACGAAACUCACGUGCCGAGUUUUAUGCAUUGCUAGCACAAAAGGAAGAGGAAGAUCUUAUCCUCCAAAACACAGAUGGUUAUCGAAAUAUGGUGAUUCGUGCUAGAAUGGUCGGUGGCACAGGCAUUGAUAUCAAUCCACCAACCUAUCCAUCACAAAAUUACCCAUUAUUUAAACCAACCAUGGUUAAACUAUUGCCAACUCAUACUGGUGGCGGAGGUGGAGGAUAUGGUGGUGGUGGUAUGGUACCACUGCCAAGAGGGUUGAAUGGAGCUAUCCCAACACUCCGUGAUAUCAAGGUGUCCAAUGCCACCAAUGCAUUCAUGAGUGAACUCAAGGAUGUCCGUGACCACUUGAAUCGCGGUGCUCAACAACAGGGCAAUGGUGGUGCACCACUUGGUCAAUCGAUUUUAGCAGCCACCAACGCAUUACGCCAAACCGAGAGAAAGUUUAAAACAACCAUCAUCAAUAAUAACUCGACGCAACUCAAUUCCAUCGUUCUCCAACUUCAAAUGAAACCAGGUACUUCGAAAUUGGUACAACAAUUAAAGAGUAGAAUGAAUGAAGUUAAUUUAGAUUCAACCAAACAAAUUAAAGAAGAAGAUAUUGAAGAUUUAAUUCCUUCUUCUUUCAAUAUAACCAACCAAUAA